AUGUUUCUCUUCCUCUCUGUGUGUAUCCCAGGAUCCUCCUAUCUCCUGUCAUGUUACUUCACCAACUGGGGUCAGUACAGACCUGGAUCUGGGAAGUUCUUACCCUCCAACAUCGACCCGUGCCUAUGUGACCACCUUAUCUAUGCCUUCGCCACCAUGGACAACAACCAGAUCACGACCACGGCGUGGGAUGAUGAGAAAUUCUAUGCCGAGUUCCAGGCUCUCAAGAACCAGAAUAUUAACCUGAGGACCCUCCUGGCCAUUGGUGGAGCCAACAAAGAAAUUAUUCCAAAGUUCUCUAAUAUGGUGGCUACUUCUGCUAACCGUCAGACCUUCAUCACCUCUGUGAUCAAGUUCCUGCGGCAGUACGGGUUUGACGGUCUGGACAUCGACUGGGAGUUCCCUGGCUCCAAGGGCAGCCCUGCCAUCGACAAGGAACUCUUCACCACCCUCACUCAGGAGAUGCUGUACGCCUUCGAGGCUGAGGGCGUGAGCACCAGCCGCCCUCGCCUGAUGCUGACCGCUGCUGUGUCUGCCAGCAAGAGCACCAUUGAUGCCGCAUACCAGAUCCCUCAGCUCGGCCAGAUCCUGGAUUACUUCCACAUCAUGACCUAUGCGUUCCAUGGUUCAUGGCAGCACUUCACAGGGGAGAACAGCCCCUUGUACAAGGGACCUGCCGACACGGGGACACACAUCUACUACAGCAUAGACUACGCCAUGAACUACUGGAGGAGCCAGGGUGCUCCAGCUGAGAAGCUGCUUGUUGGUUUCCCCACUUAUGGACGCACCUUCACACUGGCCAGCGCCUCCAACACCGGUGUUGGUGCCCCUUCUGUUGGACCCGGGCCCGCUGGUACCUACACCAGGGAAGCUGGAUUCUGGUCCUAUUAUGAGAUCUGCAACUUCCUGAUGGAAGGAGCCACUCAGGUCUGGGACACAAUCCAGAUGGUGCCCUACGCCUACAACAGCCAGCUCACCUGGGUCAGCUACGACAAUAUCAAGAGCUUCCAGGCUAAGAUUGAUUGGCUGAAGAAAAAUCAGUUUGGUGGAGCCAUGGUGUGGACCUUGGACCUGGACGACUUCAGCGGCACCUUCUGCAGCCAGGGCAAAUACCCUCUGAUCAACACCCUCAAGAGCGGCCUUGGCAUUGGACAGGACUGCAUCAGCAGAAGUGGCAGUUUUAUCGCCAGCAGCGGAGAUGGUUGUAAAGGUAAAGGUGGUAGCAGCAGUGGAGGUAGCAGCAGCAGUGGAGGUAGCAGCAGUGGAGGAGGUAGCAAUGUAUUCUGCAAGGGAAAGGCCAGCGGCACGUACCCUGACCCCACCAACAAGAACACGUUCUACCAGUGCGCCGGUGGCAUCACCUACAUCCAGCACUGCGCUACUGGCCUGGUUUUCGACUCCUCCUGCUCCUGCUGCAACUGGGCAUAGGAGCCUCCUCUGUCCAAAUCUACAUCGAAAAAGAUUAUUCCACCAUUCUACUUCCGUUUGUAGAACAUCA